UUUGUUGGUGGCGUGCUGCGCUGCUACAGCGGUAAAGACCGUAAAGAGUCACGUAAAUGAUGCGGAUGUGCCCGGUUAUCACCCACCACUACGUGCAGUAAAGCACUCUUCUUCAGCUGCGUGUGAAAUGGAAAGCAUUACAGAAAUACUCGACAGACUUAAGCUCAGCGUUGGCGACGAGCAAAAAGUGGACGAUGCCGAUUUAUGCCUUCGCCUGAAGAGUCUCCUGGCACUCCUCACAGCUGAUGAACAACAACAUUCAAAGUCCGAAGCCAACCGGCAGCAGGUGUGUGAGCGUCUCGUGAAGAGUGCGUUUGUCAGUUCCACAAAAGACCUUCUCAAGGCUUCCUCAGCCAUCACUGAAGAAACCUUGGCUCUGCUUGUUCAAGUGAUAGCCGAAGCGGCCAAAUAUGAGCCUCUGAGAAAACAGUUCACAGAUGCAGCUGUUGUAGAUCCUCUCCUAGGACUUAUAUCUCAUAAGAACUAUGCAGUGGUGCUGCAGGCUUGCCGUGCUCUCGGAAACAUCUGUUAUGAUAACGAUGACGGAAGGGACCUUGUUCGGGCUAAGCAAGGUGUCGAGCAGCUGUUGCAACUUCUGCAGAAUGUUCUUGAAGUCGACUCAGCACCAAGAGAUCUGCAUACUGUUGUUUCAGGGUGCCUCCUAAAUUUGACAGAUAUGCAAGAAAUACAAGAGGACGCCCUUCGUUUGGGUGUCAUUGAUAUUUUGCUCAAGUACCUCCAAAAGUAUUCGGAUGUUGAAGAUGUCGUCAUGCACUGUGUCUUGGUGCUCAACGGCAUUGCUGAUUCAGGCUGCUCAACCCCCCUCCUCUUGGAAGAAGAAAAGCUUAGGAACGAUGGUCGUAAGCGACUUACCGAAAAACACACACUGUCUCUUCUGCUUGGUAAUCUUGACAAAGCUUUCUCAGAAGAAGUGACUGAAGUUUUGCUUGAGUUGUUUGGAAAUCUUGCUGAAAGUGAUGAGGUGAAAGAGGACCUUGUGGAACUGGGCUUUUGUGAGAAGCUCAUUGAAGUGCUGAAGCGAUUUCAACCUGCGCCUGGCACUCCUUCGUCAGAAGAGAAGCAGAGCGUGAUAAAGACUGUCUGCGACCUUACAGUCCUAGUCCUAACUGGAGAUGCUAGCAUGCGGCAUGUCUACCAAAAUGGUAGUGGGCCUAUCUACAAGGCCACCAUGGCAUGGCUCCAGGCGGACGAUGACAACCUUCGUGUGGCUGGAGCCCUUUCAGCAGGCAACUUUGCCCGCAAAGAUGAUCACUGCAUUCAGAUGGUCAGAGAUGGUGUUGCCAAACGUCUGCUGGACCUCCUCACAGAGCACACAGGAACAGACGGAGACAUCAGAUUGCAGCAUGCCUUACUGGCAGCAUUACGGAACCUUGCCAUCCCAUUGGAAAACAAGCCUCUGCUCGCAGAACUUGGUGCUGUUGACAAGUUGCUUUCAAUGCUGGCUGUGGAGACAUUCCCUGUCGUCUUCAAACUUCUGGGCACAUUACGUAUGCUAGUUGAUAAGCAAGAGGUUGUGGCUACUAAGUUGGGACAAAACGAGCAGCUGGUGAAGCAUCUGGUGACAUGGUGUAGCACUGAGGACCACCCAGGUGUCAAAGGUGAAUCUGUGCGACUACUGGCCUGGAUAGCGAAAAACAGUGCAUCGCCUGAAGCCAAGGCAGUACUAUGCCGUCUGGGUGCAUUGCCCCACUGGGUGUCCAUGCUUUCCUCCGAACACAGUCUUAUGCAGGCUGAGGGGCUGCUGGCUCUCACACUUUCCCUUAGUCCACCGCCAUCUGGUACCGCUCUGGAAGAUUUGAAAAAGACUGACAUUCUUCCUCUGCUGCGAUCAUUACUCGAGUCACCAGAAAUAUCACCUGAAGCUCUGCAGAAUGCGGUUGCUUUCACUACUGCACUAGCCAGCCUUGACUCUUUCAGGCCACUUCUACAGGCUGAAGGCUAUGCAGCGGUCCUCACUGACCUGAAGGACCACAGCAACCAUGUGCUGUCAAAAUCUGCAGCACAGGCGCUGCAGAUCCUUGAAAAAAAAGGCGUGAAAUUACAGGCUUGAGCAUUUGGGGCAUAACCGUUGCUGCAUUGGCAAAAACCAUUUGUUCGACGUUACUGUGUGCAGCAUAUGUAAUUAAUGUUCAGGCCUUUGUAUGUGUAUGCACCUUUGGCUAUGGCUGAUGGUGUGAGGGACAAACUUUUUGGCCUCAUGAAGUUGAGUCGUUUUGUGAAAACUCUUUGGGGUGGCAACUCUCCUUUCUUCAUGGCAUGACCACUGCUUGAAAAAUAUUUAAAUGAAAUGUUCUUUGUGGCACUGGCAGAUGCCGGCACUUCCGACACGACUUGGUCUGUGUCAGGUGCUGUAGAGGAGUACAUAUAAGUAGUGAAAGCACGACUGACCACCACUAACCACACUCUCGCCUUUCCUUUUUUUAAUGCACUCCUCCUUUCCAUCCUUUUCUGUAUGUUUGGUAAUUGUUGAAUGUCGUUAUAAUGAAGUCUCAUCCAACACAAGAAUACUUUCGUUAUAUCCUAUAUUGCUUGUAGGCAUAUAUUUGUUACACACUAACAUUGGAAAUAAGCAUCUUAGAUUAUAUCAUUUGUCCACGUUUAUUAUAUCGAAGUUGGAAUGUGUUUGUAAAUGUGAAGGUUUUUCUAACAUUUUUAAAAUACAGUAGAAUCUCGUUGGGUCGUGUAAAAUAUUCGUAUCACCCGAAAUUCGUAUAAUCAAAACAUACACAAUAUAAAGAAAAAAUGAAUUUAUUUUUGCCACAGAAGAUUUCUAAUUGUGGAACCACAUUGAUACCUUCCUCGCUGCUGCGUUUUCCCGGUUGCUGCAUCGCGUUUUCGCGGUUCCGACCUAAAUCCCAUUGACUUCCAUGUAUUAAGUUCCGCGUGAUACGUCGUCAAUCUGUAUUGUUCCUGCAUCUUACGUUGCGUUUGAAUGUGGCGGUCACAUAAAUUUAGCAGUGCAGCCAGCUUGUACCUUGCAACAAACAGCCGGCACGUUGCAGAUACGAUGCAGCCGCGUGGGUACCGUAUCUUGAAAGUGAUUUGCGACGUGCGCAAAGUGCGCGCCUGCCCAGACCUCUUCGUCAAAACGAUCUCCGAUGUUGACAAAGUGCGCCUAGUGCCGGUAGCGCCAUAUGUGCUGUGCCUUCGACGUUUAGUUCACAUUGAAACAAGAGACAGCGUAAAGGUCAAUUCGCUCGCUCCUGCUGCUGCGCUUCCUCAGGCCAGCGUUUCGAUGGCGAGUGUCCGCGGUCAUCGAGCGAGAUGGGUUAAUGUUUAGCCUGUGUGCGCGUGACAUCAUGCUUGUUAAUUUAGUUAAUAGGCGAAUGUUUACAAGUUUAUACGGCCGGUACGACUACUAUCCUUACUUUUUACAGCUGUCUACUAAUUUGCUAUCGCAAUCGUUGCUUCACCUUUUGGGCGAAACUGUGACUUUUCUUUUUUUGUGGUCCCUUGAAAAACGUAUCAAUGAGGUUCUACUAACCGUGUACGUUUUCUUCUUGCCCAAAUCGUCAACAAUCGCCUUCUGAAAGGCGUAUAAGUGUGCGUGCGUGAUCUCUCGAAUGUUUUCGCACGCCACUGAACGCCUGAGCACGUCGAGUACAGGGAGCAUUUUGGCUGUCCGGGCUGCGCUGCUGUUGUUGUUGUAGCAGCGGUCCUCGUCUACUUUCUCGCUAAGCAUCGGAUAGGCUGUGAUGGAGUCCGGUCCGCAUGACGUGAGGACCAAUGAGAGAUUGCGCAGCCGCGUGACGUAGCUGGUUGCAUGGCGACUAUCGAUCCCACCCAGCUCCCGCUGUGCCGGCUUGUCUGUGCCGGUCGCUCCGCUGGAUCAGCCGCCAACGCUGUUGCUCAUGCGUUCAUGUGAUCUGCAGUGGCACGGCAACGCGCUCGGAACCGCCGAUUUAUUUCGUAUUGUGAGCAAUGUAUUUCGGCUGGGGAAUGUUACGAAUUCGUAUCACACUGAAAUUCGUACCAGCCGGGAUCGUAUCACCAGGGUUUUACUGUACUUCACAUCGUCAACUGUGCAUGAUCAAACUUGAAACUGAAGCAAAACAGCAAUAUAUUUCACGCGACCAUAGUAGAUAUAAAGCACACAAAGUUAAUAGUAUAUAGAGCAUGCUGCAUCACUCAGGGAGCCAGACUUUUUCUGCAGAAUUGCGAUAAUUCCUACUCGGAUUAAAUUCAGACGUAUCAUUUGGCAGUGGGUAUUGUAUGAUACCCUUUUUUGGAUGCAGUACUUCUAUCUUCCUUUAUGAUUAACUCUUUGCGAUCGUGUGUCGGGACCCUCUCAACACGCGGAAGUAUCCGUCCCAAUCAGGUGCCGGGAGGCGCUCGAAGUGCACAUGCUCGCAUUCGCUGGUUAUUUUAGGGUGCCUCGAUUGCCCCCCCCCCCUUAGGGUGAUGCCAGCCUUUGAACCAGUCGACGCUGCCUCGACCAGCUCUUGCGCACGCCCUCCGCCAUUGUGUUGUCUGCAUCAUCCUCGCUGCUCCAUGUGCGGGCGUACACGAAAUGCUCCUGCAUUCGCGCGGCUUUCUUCGACGUGGAAUGCCUGGAUGUUGCAUUCCUCAGAGCGCCAACCACUUGCGAAACGGUUGGAGGGGAAAAGAGGGAGAGACUUUUUAAUGGUAGAAUGGUGGAGAGGUCGGCCUGAGUGAAGUGCCUCUAACCUGCUACUCCACACUGGGGAAGGGGUUUGGGGGAAUAACAGAGAUAGGAUGUGAAGAGGAAGGAGGGUGGUAGUAUGGUGAACACGAUGAUGUGAGCUUCACAGCAUUCUGUUUCUGUGCAACGCGUACAUGCACACUUCACAGAACAGCACAGUCAUCUUCGCAGGCAGAGUUAAAGUUACUGUAGCGUAGCUAGAAGACUGUCUAUAGCUUGCAUAAUGUUUGCAGCUGUUAGCGCCACUAGCGUAUUUAAACUAGACAGUAGCAGCUGUGGGGCGUCAAUUUCAACAGUGAUUUUUCGGUGCAUUGUCCUUGCUCGUGCUGACAGGCCCGUGUGCGCUACGCCAAGUGUGGCCAUACAUUCGAUUCCGCUCUUGCGCGACUCGCUUGAAGCAAUGGCUCGAUCUUUCGAUGCCAAUUGAACUACCUCCUGCUGGACCUGCGAAAUUGGAGCCAGGGAGUUCUUAUUUGCACUGUCAGCUUGUCCAUGUCGACGACGCGAUCAUCUCCUCCGGUGUUGCACUGGCGCUGCUGCCUCUUUGUGGGACAUAGUUGUCUUGCUCAUUUGGCUCAGUAUUUUUAUCUCCAUUUUAUAUCCGUUGUUUUAGGACAUUCCUUGGAAUUGGCUUCGUGGGGUCCACCGCAAUUCACGCACUUCAUUUCUUUUACUGUGCAUGAAAAUAUGUCAUGGCUGCCGCCACAGCGGAGGCAUGCUGUCUGGCCUUUGCAGACAGCACAGACAUGGCCUAGCGUUAGGCACUUGUGACAUUGCAUUAUGUACGGAAUUUAAAUUCCGUACACAAUUCCGUACACAGACGGAUUCACAACACCUACCUUCAUAAUGUGGCUCUGAUAGGAAUUAACGAAGUGCGUUUAACACCAAGAAAAACGUAGUCACAGUGGAAGUAGCGAUGCAAGCCGCCCUAGAAAAAUUGAAAACCAUGCGCAUACUAGGACACAUAGAAGUCCGGUCAUUCAUUGUGCACAGGUGUCAUGCUAGGGCAGGAGUUAAUUUUGAUGUAGUGAUUGACAUCAGUGACGAAGAGUUCCCAAGGCUUCUGUUUUCAACAGUGAAGGUCCUCGACUUUCAUCACUUCGGUCUCAAAAGAAGCUGGACGCUCGACGAGUGUCCAGCUUCUUUUUGAGGGAGACAUGCUACCUAAUCAUGUCAAGGAUGGCUACGUGAGACACCCGCUGCGUCCUUAUGGUUGGGAGGAUGUUUUAUUUUCCAAGAGACCUAAAAAGGAAGCUUCUGUGGCUGGUGCGAGCCAAGCGUGACAAGUGGCGACCGACCAACUCCUCGUGUGUUUGUAGCAUAAGUGCAGCUUGUCGCUUCAGUGCUACGUUUAUUGCGAUGUAUCAAUUUUGCAUAUGGGAAGGUGAAUAGCAUUCAGGGGUAGCAUCUGUCACAUGCGUUAUCUGGACUAUUAGUCUUGCUCGGCAUAAAGAAAAAAGAAAAGAAAGCUGCACUAAAGACUGACAAAGUCAUUAAGUUGUACUACCGUGCGGGACCGGCCAUUGCCUGCCGCAUGUUUGAUUGCAUCCGAGAUUGUACACCACAUUGUUUCUACUUGGGAAUGCAUUCGAAACAUGCGGGAAUGCAUUCGAAACAU